AAAAAAAAUAAUUACUGAAGCGACACUCUCGGUCUGUAAUUCCGAGUGUGGAUUUCUUUUAGCUAUAGCGUAGAUCUAUUGCAGGAGAUUCUUGGGUUAAGUAGAGAAGAUGGAUUCCUCAACUGUUUUGUUUAACCAGCUCAAGGCAGCAGAACCAUUUUUCUUGCUAGCUGGACCCAAUGUGAUUGAAUCUGAGGAGCACAUUCUUAGAAUGGCCAACCAUCUCAAGACUAUCUCAACCAAAGUUGGGUUGCCACUUGUUUUUAAAUCAAGCUUUGAUAAAGCUAAUAGAACAUCCUCCAAAUCCUUUCGAGGUCCAGGGAUGAGCGAAGGGUUGAAGAUCCUUGAGAAGGUUAAAAUAGCAUAUGACAUCCCCAUUGUUACUGAUGUGCAUGAAACAAUUCAGUGUGAACCAGUCAGCCAAGUUGCAGAUAUCAUUCAGAUUCCAGCAUUUUUGUGUCGUCAGACAGAUCUUCUAGUUGCAGCUGCCAAGACUGGAAAAAUUAUCAAUAUUAAGAAAGGCCAAUUCUGUGCUCCUUCUGUCAUGUCAAAUUCUGCUGAGAAGGUAAGAUUGGCAGGAAAUCCAAAUGUCAUGGUUUGCGAGAGGGGAACUAUGUUUGGCUAUAAUGAUUUGAUUGUUGAUCCACGUAAUUUGGAAUGGAUGAGGGAAGCUAAAUGUCCUGUUGUAGCUGACAUCACACAUUCACUGCAACAGCCUGCUGGGAAAAAGUUGGAUGGUGGAGGUGUUGCUAGUGGAGGUCUUCGUGAAUUGAUACCAUGCAUUGCAAGAACAGCAGUGGCCGUUGGGGUGGAUGGAAUUUUCAUGGAGGUGCAUGAUGAUCCUUUAAAUGCCCCAGUGGAUGGUCCAACUCAAUGGCCUCUACGCCAUUUAGAGGAGCUGCUAGAAGAGCUUGUGGCAAUAGCUAAGGUGAGCAAGGGGAAGAAACAAAUGACCAUUGAUCUCACACCAUUUCGCUAUUAGGGAAUUGAAGACCUCUCUCAAGGAGUAACAAGGCAAAGUUAUUGGGCUGUAAGAUCCUCUUCCGUAGUUGAAUAACUAGUUUUAAGAAACUUCCACUUGCGGAUGCCAAAAUCAUGCCAGAUGCAUCCAGUUAGUGCUUUCUUAAUAGCCAUUGUUUCUCAGUUUCCACAGGUGCUAGAUGACAAGCUUCACGUGUAACUAUGAGGUGCAUCCUUCGAAUAUUGGUAUUUAUUGUAUUCAUACUGCAUCUCUUCACUAAAGUUAAUAUCGGAAGCUUCUCAUGUUACUGUUUUCA